AUGCUGACUCUCGGAGCCAGUGUGGAAUCGGAGCACGAACUCAGCAUCUAUGGAGACCACUUCGGACAGUUCAAGAAUGUCGACGCCUUCGUUAAAGCUGUCGAGACGGUCUUUCCGAUGAUCGCGCAGCAUGCUCGAUUCGUGGCGGAAGCUCAGAUGACUGUCAAUUCGUUCAUUUCAGCGUUGAGUGAGUUUAUUUUGAACCUUAUUGCAAAAAUUAUUAUUUUUUCCUCGUAAACUGCCGUUGGACAGCGUCGUUGCCCGAUUCAAUCAACUUUUUUAGUGAGCAAUGGGCGGUUGAAUUAUUUCGUUGGCAUGUGCCAACAGGAAAAAUAAUAUGUGCUAUGAUCACAGAAAUAUCCUUUGGAAAAGAAAGAAAUCUGAAGAUCUCUGAAAAUUGGGAAACAAGGAAAAUCAUUUAACUGGAGUUUUUGCAACUUGUGAAAGCUUGCCCGAACAGCCUUCCGAGUAGCUUAGAAAGGAGUCCACCGCCACGUGACUACAUGUUUCACAGAAGUUUUGAAGAUGAAAAUUUUCAGGAAACUUAUUUAAUGAUUGCUAAUUGGAAUUCAGCGUUGAACUGGCAGUUUUGAAAAUGCAAAUCUCCUAAGCAAGAAUUUCGCUCAGGUACCCACUUGACGGGACCAUUACCCUUGCAUUUUGCAGUAUCUCGACUCCGAACAAAACAACGUUCCACUUACUUCCUGUUGUAGAAUUGAAUCAGCCAAAAUUAGCAUGCUGAAAAUAUUAAAAUGCGAGAAACGAGAAAAUAUUUUUUCGAUAGUUUUUUAUGCACAUAUUUUCAGAUUUUCAGUAUUUUUUGAAUACGGUUUCUAUGGUAUUUUCCAACAAGCAAGUCGUUCUAUUUCUUUCCAAAAAUUAAAAAAAAAACCUUCUUGCACUUCUUGAUAAAACAAAUUUGCUCUGACAAGAAAGUUAAUUUUGCUUUGCGGCUAGAGUUCCAGGGAAACACUAGAAAACUUCUUCAUGUACAAAAAGACGGUUCUGGAAGUCUUGACCUAAACAACUUUCCAGUUUUUGAGAAAGGACACCUACAAUCCUUUAUAUCUCAAAAACUGAAAAGUUAUGCAGCUUGAUAUUUUCAUAAUCUUCUUGCUGUACAUCAAGGACUGUUUUGGCCAAAUUUCAGGAAGUUCCCAACUUGAAAAUGAAAUUACCUUCUUCUCAAGUCAAAAAGCGUCUUUUUUUGAGUACUGGAAAGUUCUCCAAGAAUAUUCGCACUCUCGGGAAAUUCCUAACAAGGAAGAUCAUCUUACUUUGUGGUUGAGAAUUCCCUGAGAAAUGACUAGAACACUUAUUGAUGUACUAGGCGAAGAUUCUGAAAAAUCUCAAACUGCUUAACUUUCUAUCUUUUGAAAAGUGACACCUCAAAGUCAAAGGAAACUUCCAAAAUCCGUUAGAAGAGACUGUGGGAUUUUGAGCCCUUAUUCUCUAAAAUUAGCGAGUUGUGCAUAUUGAGAUUUUCAAAAUCAUUUUUUCUUGUACGUCAAAUCGUAUUCUGAUCAAUUUUCAGAAGAUUUCCAACUGGCAAGUAGAAUCACCUCGCUAAUAUGUACGUGAAAAAGUAGAUUUUACUUCUCUUGUUAAAUUGAACAUUGAUUAUCGAUCGAACUGUUCUCGUUAUUUGUAAGAUUCGAUUUUGUAGUUUACCUGAGAAAAGGGAAACAUUUCUUCAUUUUUUUACAGGUCUGCUUUUCUACGGACAUCUUCUGUUCAUUUUCUACAAAGAGCUGAACAGUCUCAGCAAAAUACAAAACUUGCUUCUUUGUCUGACUCAGCUGAAGUUCAUUGGGACAUUCAUAACCCUCAUUCUGUACAAGGUGCGAAGAGAUCAAUUUUGCUCGAUAGCUAGAAGGUUCAGGCAACUUUUACUGUAGCUGAGAACGUUUACUCGAUUUAUGCACUAGCUGGAUUGAUCUCAGAGAAUUAUAUCUACUUUCUUCUCAGAGUCUUGUACUCUGUCGAAGAACUUUAUUGGUUCACUCUCUGUGGAGUUAUUUUCCAUCGGCUUCUUCUUUUCAUCAAGUUUGACAGCUUUUUCCGAGAAUUUCCGAAAACUAUUUUCAGGCCACAAUACUUGCGCAAUUACAAUAACUACUUCGUCUUUCUUUUCACUUUCUUUUUCAUGCUGACCCUUCUUUUCAGGGUAAGAAGCCUAAAAAGGAAUUGAUGUUACUUUGCACUGUGACUUUUUUGGAAAAUUAAUUAAAAUAAUCUUUGGUUUCUUUUUUUCUACGGCUAAUUUUCAGAGAAAGUCAGAAUACCGAGUAAAUUAACUUCUUUGUUGAACUGCUGAAAGUGCACAGACUGCAUCAAAGUUCUAAUGAAGUCUCAAUUAGAAGAUUAAUUUGCAGACUUUUGUGUACUUGUUCAUCAUAGCUCUGCUGAGCUUCUUCAUGAUGUGCUGCUCCAGAAGGACGAUGAAAGUUUACAUUUAUAAAGUCGGAGAAAGGUCGGAAGAGGUUGCCAACCAGAAGAAGCUAGGCAUACUGAUCGAAGCGCAGGUUGGAGUACUUGGAACCAGUCUUCGUUUCUCCAAUCCUUACUCAUCUUGUUUGUAAAACUCAAAAGGAUUAUAAUACCAUAACAUUUCCAUCCCCAUUUCGUCAUGAGAUUUUCUGAGAGCUUGCACAAAUAAUCUUUGAUGUGAUAAGAUGAGAUCUUACAAUAUUUUGGAGAGCGGACGCUCCAAAUUUUCCGCAUGACCUAUUCAACGGGCGCUUCAUGGUUCUUCUUAAAUUGAAGCUUCCGUUAGCAAACAACAGGAAGUUAUGCAAGUAGGGAAUAAAGAUCUCCAUCAAGAUUCUCAAAGACUAUUCCAUCUUUUCAUGGCACAAAAAGUUUCAUGAACACUCUGAAUGAAUUCUUCAAGGUUUCUAACUUUCUGGGAAUUUUCUCAGAGUGAAACUAUUGAGGAAAAAAAAUUAGUCAUUUUCACGAUUUGGUUGUAAAACCAAGAUUAUUUUCACAGGUCGUACUUUUCAUUCUAACGCACAUUCUACGAUUCAUCGUUGGAUUUAUUCUCACAGUAACCCGAGUGUCUGGUGACUUUGUUGUCGUCAUUUUCUACGCAACCACCGUAAGCAUUGCGCUUGAAUUCUUUAGUUUGUGUUUUUGGCAGGCCUUCAACGUCUUCACAGCCAUUCUGCCUCUGCCAGUUGGCUUACUGACGGUUUGGACGCUGAACGGAUUCCUACCAAAAAACACGGAAACGACCAAUAUUGCCCCUCCAAUGGCAACCGUCACCAUGGAACUGUCCGGCUGA